AGGGAACACUGCUGAAGUGAAGUCAUCCCACGGUAAAACUAUGACAACAACAGAAGAUCAAUACUCUCACUGCAGUAAUAAACAAAAAUUCAGCUGGUGCAAGUGCGUUGGAAGAGCACACCGCACAGCUGCUGACAACCGUACAGCCCUUGUGUGCUUUGGGCCGCCGAUCAGAACCUGGACCAGUUCACAGCACCGAACGUGCUGCGAGGAUCGCCCCGGAGCGAGCGAGUGCACUGCCAGCCCGGGCCAGAGGGGAGGGGAGGGGAAGAGGAAGGGAAGCUCGGCGUUCCUGAAAAGCCGAGCAGGCCCGGGACUGAAGGAAAGGAAAGCACCCGCCCGCAGACACCAUUUUUUGUCUUGGCUUGGGCUUGAUUUUUCUCCCCGAUUCUCACUUUAAAGCGCUCAGAGAUCACCGGCAUCAGCCGCAGAAACCACCCCUCGUCCCAGCCGCGCACUGAACCCCGCGUCCCGCUGUCCCCGCUCACGGGUGUAACUGCUAGUGAAGGAGGAUUUUAAAGGAGGUCUGAUGACAACCAAAGCAAAGUCUCCUGUGACAGCAGGAUCUAUAGUCGUCCCUUUCGGGCAUGUGAUUGGAAAUGAGAAGUGGAGAGGGUCAGAGCUAGCCCAAAGGCUACAAGGGAAGGUUAGACUCAUCUUUGAAGAUGGCUUGGGACUGGUGGACUUUCAUCUUUCAAACAGAACUUGCAUUUUACUUAUUUCUGAAGCAGAUCUGGUUGCAGGGGAUGAAUUCAAACGAAGAUUGGUUAGGUUUAGAAAUGCCAGCAGUCUUAGGGGAAUUGUAAUCGUAGAGAAAACCCAAAUCAGUGAUCAGUACUACCUAGGAGUACAAAAACUUGUUGUACUUGAACUUGGGAUGGUGUUGCUUCCUGUGGCAAAUCAAGGAGAAGCUUCUCAGCUUAUUAUUCAACUAGUGCGGGAGCGGAGCAGGGAUCGCGGUGCCGACCCCUUCCUUGGCAGGCAGCGCGGCCGGCUGGCCGAGCCCGCCGUGCUGCAGGCCGUGCAGCACAUCCCCGGCGUCGGCAAAACAAAAGCUCUGCUCUUGCUGCAGCGCUUCGGGAGCAUCCAGCGCCUUUGUAACGCAGACAUCCGGGAGCUCGAGCGAGCAGUGGGACAAACAGGAGCGCAGCAGAUUUAUACUUUUUUACAUUCCUGAUGUGCACGUGUAUUUUGCAAAACGAACAUUUGGGAUUUUUCUUCUGAAUUAUAAAAGUUUGGUUUUAAUAACCACAAUUUUUUUUCUGAUUUCUGUAAUCAUGGCUACCAGCAACUGGACUCCGAUGCUUCUUUUUUACAUCUGCUCUGUUCAUAUAGAUUAAGCUGUGCAAAUUGCCUUGGAAAGAAGUCUGUAUUUUGCAUCCAUGUAGAACAAAUAAAAACCAAGAAAGCU